AUGCUGUUCGUCUACGUGCUCGUCCUCGUCCUCUACACCGGCGAGCUCAGCGCUCAAAACACGGCGCCUAAUGUAACGAUGUGUCUGCCGAAGGGCGUCCCGUGUCCCGGCUGCGAGGAACGAUUGACGCUGUGUCCGGGAAAAGACGGCGUCUCGCUAUGCACAUAUAAGGAGCAACUUGUCGAUCCUGAUUCUGGAGUUUGCCAAUUCAUAGGCUGUCCAAUCGGAGAGACGGAUAUCAAUGGCCCGACGAACCGCAGUUGUAUCCCGCUCAAAAAUAUCGUCAAUGGUUCUCUUCCGACGGGCUGGUGGUGGGACGGCUGCUCCUCCCCCUCCCACAUCAAUUGCGGCAACUAUCUUCCGGUCUGCAUCCACUCCGCUUCUCUGACGGCUUACAAUCUCAGUAUGGGAGGCUGUAUUUAUGAAGGCUGUCCACCCGGGAGGUACCCGUGCAAAGUAGAAGACGGAACCGAAUGCAUUUCCUACGACGACCUGAAGACGAUCAUUUAUAAGAGCGGAGGAAGCGAGUGUAUCCGUGCCACAGCAGAAGAGAAGGCUGCUGCGAGGGCUACUGUUCCGCCGGCGGCCCAGGAGAAGACCGAGCCGAAAGGGGCGUCGUCGUCCGCUCGUCAUUAUUGGCAUCCCGUGAACUCCGUCCUCAUCAUCGUCUCCAUCAUGCUGGGCAUCUGGAUCGGAGCCACUUUU